AUGAACAACUCUCUGCUUGCUGCUAUCUUUUUAUUUGCAACAGAUUCCUGCAGCUCUAUGACCCAGGGUUUCCCAUUCUGCCAGCAGCUCCCAGAUUGGGACAAUGAGUUGGUAUGCUACAAAGAAUUAAGUGAGGAUCUAACCUGUACCUGGCUGCCAGUACCCAGUGCUCCGAAUACAAUUAAUUAUACCAUCUUCUUAAAAUGGGACAGAAUACCAAAACUUUUUCAACGAAACACGUCAUCAUCUUCCAUCAUGAUAGAACGAAAGAAUCUCUACAUGAAGCGAUCUGCAUCAAUCUGGAUAGCAGUCAAUUAUGCCCAUGACAGCUGUGUGAAAGGAAAGAAGAUCUCAGUUACACCGAGCAAAGCAGGGAAGUGCUUGACACCAUCAAACAUAAAUGCUCAUCAGGUCACAAACCAACUGAUAGUAAAGUGGGACCUGCCUGCAACUCCUACAGCGUAUGAGCUGAGGUACAGAGAGGCAGUCGCAGAAUCCACUCGGUGGACGCUGGUGCCUGUCAAAAGCAGUGCUGUCAAUGUCACCAUUUCGAAUUUAAAUGCUAUGUCUUCAUACAUUGUUCAGCUUAGAUGCAUAGCCAAGGAUGAUCUCUACUGUGUUUGCAUUUGGAGUAAAGAGAUUUUGGUCCCUCACAAACUCAUGAACAAGCCAAGAAUAUCAUACAAUGCAACUACAGAAAUUGCUCCAGGCAGAAGAAGCAUUCUUCUGAAGUGGGAGGUAACACAAAGCGAGAAUAUCCUUGGAUAUUACAUUAAUGUGGAAAGAAUACCCAACAGCUGCAGUGAUUCACCAAAUCGCAUCUUUCUAAAGCACAGAGAAGUUCUUGUAAAUAUUUCUAUGGCUUAUUACAGAGUUAAUAUUUCUGCCUAUAAUCAAGCAGGAGAAUCUCCUCAAGCCAUCUACAUUGUCCCAGACUUCUGUACAACAGACAUGCCUGGCCAAAUCCACGUCAAACACCAGGGAACUAAUGCAGUUGUCACCUGGACUCCAGAAUACAAUCCAAAAUGUUUUGUGGUUGACUGGGGCACGGGUAAAGAGGAUAUGCGCAUGAAAAUAGUAACUACAGCUACUGGAAAUUUCACACUAGACAAUUUUCAGCCAUUUAAGUUGUACAAAAUAAUGGUACAUGCAUCGGAUGUGUGUCAGUGUGAAAGUUUCACAGGACAUGAAAAGACUUUUGGAGUGACCCAUUUUUACUCAGUUGAAGGAGUUCCUAGGACAGGUCCUGCUAAUGUGACAAUCCUGAAUAUCACAAAGCAUUCUGCACUUGUGAAGUGGACCCAAAUAGCUGCUGAAGAUUGUUUGGGCUUUCUCCAGGGAUACAGGAUCAGCUACACAGACACAUCUAGGAAAAAGUCUCUGGUUGUUACUCUCAAUUCUUCUACCACAAGCUACCGUCUUACCAGACUGAAGGAAAAAACCAGUUACCGUGUGCAGAUUUCAGGAUUCACUAAUGUGGGUGAAGGACCUCCGACUCAUUCACAACCUUUCAGCACUCCAAAAUAUGAUAAAGGAGAAUUUGAAGGUUUUGUGACUGGCCUUUGCUUCAGCACAAUAUUCAUUCUGGUUUUUGCACCUCUCACUUGUUCUCUGCUGCUUAAAAGGCUGAAAAUAUCAUGCUGGCCCAGUGUACCAAGUCCAAGAAACAGCAGUGCACUCCAAAAUAUGAUUAAUUGGAAACCUAUUUCAAGGUCACUGCUUCAGGCCCUGUCAGACAAUGCUACCACCAGUCUUUAUGUCAUCGAGCAUGAGACAAAGGCUUCUUUGAAGUUAGACCUCUUUACAGAUGGUGGAGAAGACAGCAAAUGUAACACUGACCAGUCAGAAGAACCUAGCAAUAACUUAGACAUAAGCCUAAAGCAGAAAGAAAUCCCUGAAGAAGUAGUAACAAGUGAAAAAGAGGGAAUCAUUUCCAUUACCGUACCACUCUUGAGUGACUACACUAGCAUGGAGAUCAGCCAAAAAGCCUUGAUGAGCCUGACAGUGAAACUGCCUUCAAGAGUUGUUCAUCCUCAUCUGAAAAUGGAGCUAAGCAGUAAGCCAGAACAAACUGAGCAUGAGUGUUUGUUUGCUCCCCAAGACUACCUCAAGCAAAACCAGCUGGUACUCUUGACAUCUGGACCAAAUUUCAUGGGACAAGUCAAUUCAAACUGA